CAACAGCAGGGGCAACCUGCCGCUUGGGGGCAGAACGGUGGCCAACAACACCAGCAGACUCAGGAACAGCUUUACGACAGGGCCCGCAACAACAUUGCUGGCAGCAACGGAAACAACGGGCAUGCGAUGCCCCCGCAGUCCCCGCCCUCCGCGUUGUUCCAACAGCGGCAGGUGGAGGCAGCGGCGGCCGGCAAUGGCAUGGCCGGCGGGGCGGGAUCGACCGCGCGUCUUGGAGGCGGCGGCGGCGGCGGGCAGUGGGAACCUCCGUCGGCUGCUAGUGCCGGGGCUGUCACGCCCAAGGUGAAGCUCAGCCAGUAUCGCAGUGCUGCUGGCGGUGGCGGUGGCGGUGGCGGGGAGCUCGGGGGAGACCAGGAACAAGAUAAAAUAGCUCGGGCGCUGCUUUCGAACACUGACAAGGAGGUCAUCUUCGACGGGCUCAAGAAGCUCUACAGAAAAAAGAUUCUCCCGCUGGAAGAGUCCAGCCGAUACGCGCACUUCCACUCGCCGCCCAUGAACCCCGCAGACUUCGAAGCGAAGCCCAUGGUGCUCAUCGUGGGGCAGUACAGUGUCGGGAAGACGAGCUUCAUCCGCUCCCUCCUCAAGAGAGACUUCCCGGGGCAGAGGGUUGGCCCGGAGCCGACCACAGACAGGUUCGUAGCCGUGACCCAUGGUGAGGACGAGCGGGUAAUGCCAGGCCACGCGCUCGCGAUGCAGGCGGACAAGCCCUUCCGAAGUUUGCAGCAGUUCGGUAACAACUUCCUGACUAAGUUCGAGGGCUCCGUGGUAGAUGCUCCUAUACUGCGGAACAUCACCCUCGUCGACACCCCCGGUGUCCUCUCCGGAGAAAAGCAACGCAUAGGGCGGGACUACGACUUUGCCUCUGUGAUCUCGUGGUUCGCGGAAAGGGCGGAUUUGAUUGUAAUCAUGUUCGAUGCGCACAAGCUGGACAUAUCCGACGAGCUCAAGAUGGUGAUCGACACGCUCAAGCCCCAUCACGACAAGAUGAGAGUGCUCCUGAACAAGGCCGACACCAUAGACACGCAGCAACUCAUGCGCGUGUACGGCGCCCUGAUGUGGUCACUGGGGAAGGUCAUGCAAACCCCCGAGGUGUGCCGGGUGUACAUCGGAUCCUUCUGGGAGGCCCCGCUCAGCAAUUUUGACAACAGAUUUCUGCUCGAGAAAGAGAAAAAUGACCUGCUGGAGGAGCUCAUGCUGCUCCCGGAGAACGCGGUCGUGCGGCGAAUCAACGAGCUCGUGAAGCGGGCGCGCAGCGUUAAGGUUCACGCGUACAUCAUCCACUACCUCCGGAAACAGAUGCCGUACAUGAUGGGCAAGCAGGAGAAACAGGAGAAGCUGAUCAGGCGGUUGGAUCAGGAGUUCCUCGCCUGUGCAAGGCGCUAUGGGCUACCGUUGGGCGACUUCCCGAAAGUGGAAAAGUUCCGUCGGUCUUUGAGGGAGAUCAAGGAUAUCUCCAAGUUCAAGAGCCUAGACAAGAGCUUGGUGCACGAGAUGGACAAGGUCUUCUCCGGCGACAUCCCCAAGCUCAUGGAGAAGGCGGCAAGACCGGGCAACAGAUAGCGCCCUUACCAAGACCACGCCUCUCUCACAGUGUGUGGUGACGUGAGAAGAAAGUGUAUGUAUGCCGAUGCUUGCGGGGCCCCUCACGCGAUGAGUUUCGUGUCUCCUGAUUGCUCGGUUUUUCGAAACUGGAUUCUAACGCUCCGUUGUGUGGCGGGGGGUUGAUUCGAGUGUACUUGUUGUAUCGUGGUCCCCCUUGUGAUGGUCGGAAGCAACCAAGGCGCAUGCCGAACGGAGCGUCUAGAAACAGAUCUGCUUUGCGUCGAACAGUCGUUUGUAACCUACCAGGCCGGGAAAGGUCGCCUCGGGAUUUCGUGGACCAGGAGGAGUGUUGGUAUUGAGAUGCGGUGCGUGUGUGUGUAGGUGCUGAAAGAUGUUUCCCGAAGGUUGGCGAAGGGAAGUUGCCGUCAACCAGCGCCUGCCAGCAUCUUGUUUGCGUGCUGCAUGAACAGAAAAUGGCUGGCACAGGAGCUUUGUGGUUGGUUCUGGGGUGUCCUGUUUGAGAGCAAGGCUUCCGUCGACGUACAUAGUGAGUAUCAUUGCGCUGACUGUUUUUUUAGGUCAGGAUGGCGGCUGCCCUCGAGCGGACGUAUCCCUUAUGUCGAUAAGGUAUUUGUCUGUCUUCUUUUUCGGCGCUUCGGGGCUUAAAAUGUAAAGUUAUUUUGAUGACU